AAUGGCGAGGAAACUCCAAUGAAGAAGGUCGGUGAAAAACUCGUCCCAAAGACCGAGGACAAAUUUGAUGCCGAAGACAUCAAAAAGGUGGAGAACUACGCCAAGGCUAUCAAUAUGCUGUACUGUACCGUCAAUCCUGAUGAUUAUCGUAAGAUUUCUUGCUGCACCACUGCCAAAGAAAUGUGGGACAAGCUAGAGGUCACAUAUGAAGGUACGGACCAAGUUCGGGAAGCCAAAAUUGACUUCCUAAUGCAGGAGUACGAAAUGUUCAGGAUGAAGGAAGGAGAAAAGAUCGAUGACAUGUUCGAUCGGUUUUCAAAAAUCAUCAACGACCUUCACGCUCUCAAAAAGACGUACACCAAUAGGGAUCUCGUGAGGAAAAUCCUGCGAAGCCUCACACCCGAAUGGAGAUCAAAGGCAGACGCAAUCUAUGAAUCCAUCGGAGUCUCAAAUGUCACCAUCGACGGGUUAAGAGGUAAUCUCAAAACUUAUGAAUCCACUAUCCUAACCCCGUCUUUGGAUGAACAAAAGAAGAAGGGUAUAGCGCUGAAAGCAACCAAGGAGUCCGCGGAAGAUGACUCAAGCGACGAUGACCACGA